AAAAAGUGGCUCAAUGAUUUUGUGGUCUCAUUGAGGUUUUAUCUGUGAGCUGCCAUAAUGAACAUAUCGACACUUUUGGUUUUAGUUACAACUAUUUCGUUUGCUGUGGCAGAUAUUUUGGUAACUAUUCCUAAUGGAAAGCUAAGAGGACGGAAAGAAUAUUCCCAAAGAGGAAUAUCCUUUUACGCCUUUCAACAAAUCCCUUAUGCUAAACCACCCGUUGGAGAAUUACGUUUCAGAGAACCUCUACCUCCUGACAAUUGGAAUGGCAUAUUGGACGCAACCUAUAAUGAUAAAUCCUGCAUACAAUUCGGCAACUAUUAUAAUGUAAAUAUAAGUAACUACGAAAAUGAGGAUUGUUUAUAUCUUAACGUCUAUACACCAGAAUUCCCUUCCACCAAUCUAUCUCUUCCUGUUAUGUACUUUAUAUAUGGAGGAGGAUUUUUGAAUGGUGCUGCUAAUUUUGAAUACGCUGGUCCUCAUUAUUUGUUGGAGAGUGGAGUUAUUGUUGUAACUGUGAAUUAUCGAGUAGGUGCUUUCGGUUUUCUGGCAACUGGAGACAAAAUAAUACCUGGCAACUACGGUUUGAAAGAUCAGCAGAUGGGACUCAAGUGGGUCCAGAAAAAUAUUAAAUAUUUUGGUGGCGAUCCAGAGAAAGUAACCAUAUUUGGACAAAGUGCAGGAGGAUCGUCUGUAGCUUUCCAAGUGAUGAGUAAAGGUUCCGAAGGUUUAUUCAGGGCAGCAAUCGCUCAGAGUGGAUCCAAUAUUGUUCCUUGGGCAUAUCAGAGGAGUUACAAGACGUUGGCUUUUAAAAUCGGAGCUGCUUUAGGUAAACCCUUGAACGAGGACACAGAUAGUGACAAGUUGUUGGCUUUCUUGAGAACUAUUCCAGCUAAACAACUCAACACAGUUUCAACUCAAGUUUAUGUGGAUAAUUUAUUCAUUGACCAAAUGACUGAUGGACUUGUUUUCACUCCAGUUAUUGAACCUGAACAUGAGACAGCCUUCAUUACCGAGAAUAUGUACGAGGCGAUAGAAAAUGGUAGAAUGACCAGGGUGCCCCUCAUGAUUGGAAUGUGUUCAGAAGAGCAGCUUGGAAAACUUUCAGAUGCUUACUUUCCAACAGAAAUACAAAAUUAUGAUAAUGAUAUUACCUUAUUUGUGAGUAGAAACAUGCAUAUCACAGACAGAAAUAAAUUGAUUCAAGUUGGACAAACUAUUCACGAUUGGUACUUGAAAGGCCGACUGGAGGAUGACAAGGCAGGUACAAUAAGGUACUUCAGUGACGCAUCGUUCGCACGUGCCAUCAUUCGUCAUGCUGAACUGCAAUCCAAAUUCAGUGAUGUUUACUUUUACGAGUUUUCCUACUCGGGACAACUGGGGGGAAACACAGGUCCAUUUAUUGACGGAGCUGGCAAAGUUAAACACUCAGAAGACUUGAACUACAUUUUGACGUGGUCCAAUUGGACUGGAUUGAAUAAUUACCCAAAAGAUGAUAUAUUGACCAGCGAUCGAUACCGUACUUUGUUGACUAAUUUUGCUAAAUACUUAAAUCCCACGCCAGAGAAAACGAGUUUGUUCCAGAAUCUUAUAUGGCCCAAAGUGACACCUGAUAACUUCCAAUAUUUGAACAUCGAUACAAAUUUGAGCAUCCAGAAAAAUCCCAGAGGAGAAAUUUAUCAAAAAUGGCUGAAGAUUUACGAAGAAAACGCAGUGAGACCUCUUGAUACAUUCUGAUUGUAGUACUGCAACUUGAAGAGAUUAAACGAUACUCUGUUACUUGA